AUGUUAAUAAGAAAUAAGAUAUUAUCUACUGUUUCAAUUUUGAGAAGGCAAAAUGUUUAUCAGUCAAUUAAAUCACAAGUUCCCAAUCUUCUUGUAGUAAGGAAUUUACAUAAUUCACCUCAAAUAUUUACCAGGUUCGUUGCUCCGGGUCAAAAAUCUAGACCUCCCAAGUAUUUUUAUAUUGGUCGUAAAAAAUUAGAAGAAGAUAAAAAAGUGGUAGAUUUGACAAAAGAUUUAAAGGAACUUCCCGUAAAUUCUCAUAUUGAAUUAUCACUUGGUGCUUCACCAAUUUUUGAUUUCGAAGCAUAUGAAGAAAAUCAAAAUAAAUUAGAUUCUGAUGAUUCAUCAGAUAAAGAAUCCGAUGAGAAUAUGCCUGAAACGAGACUUGGAAUACCUACCGAGGCAAAGAAAAAGAAAUACGAGCACAGAUAUUCAACAAUGAAUUUUCGUAUUUCUCCACGUAAACUUAGAUUCUUAGCCAAUCAGAUUGCCGGGAAAUCUAUUAAUGAAGCUAUAGAACAAAUGGAAUUUUCACAUAAAAGAGCUUCAAGGAAAAUAAUGAAUUCCCUGAUUACUGCUAGAGAUCAUGCAUGGAGAUAUAAAAUGAUGCCUCCUGAAGAAGUUUAUAUUGAACAAGCAUUUGUAGGAAAAGGAUUUUAUAGGAAAAAACCUGAUUAUAAACCACGAGGAAGAUUUGCUUGGAUGUUGGUGAAGAAAGCCCAUAUGAAAUAUAUUCUCAAAUUAAGGCAACCAGAAGAAGAUAAAGGUAUAGGUACACAACGAAAAUUAGGAGGAAAGAUGUUUAAAUAUAAGAAAAAUCCCUGGGUUCCACUUAUUGAAACUAAACCAAUUUAUAAUCCACCAAAAUUUUACAAUUGGUAA